GCAGCUGCACAUGUCACUCGACUAAGAAAACAGCCACGUGACCACGCCCAUCUCGUUACUAGAUGGCUUAAUGGAUUUCCUUGACCCUGAGUCAUACCAAGGCUGCCCCUUUCAGCCAAAGCAGGAACGGAUUCUGCAUGAGUCAAUCCCAGAAUGCCAUUUUCACCUCACCAACAGCUAAAGAAAACCUCAUGAGCAGCAAUCACAGAGACUCGGAGAGCAUCACUGAUGUCUGCUCCAAUGAAGAUCUCCCUGAAGUCGAACUGGUGAACCUGCUAGAAGAACAGCUGCCACAGUACAAGCUAAGGGUAGAUUCUCUCUUUCUCUAUGAAAACCAAGACUGGUCACAGUCAUCACACCAGCAGCAGGAUGCGGCCGAGACCCUCUCUCCAGUCCUUGCUGAAGAGACCUUCCGAUACAUGAUUCUAGGCACAGACAGAGUGGAGCAGAUGACCAAAACCUACAAUGACAUUGACAUGGUUACACACCUCCUGGCAGAGAGGGACCGAGAUCUCGAGCUAGCUGCCCGGAUUGGGCAAGCUCUCCUAAAGCGGAACCAUGUCUUGUCUGAGCAGAAUGAAGCCCUGGAGGAGCAGCUGGGACAAGCCUUCGAUCAAGUUAAUCAGCUGCAACACGAGCUAUCCAAGAAAGACGAGCUGCUUCGAAUCGUCUCCAUUGCUUCCGAGGAGAGUGAAACUGACUCCAGCUGCUCCACGCCGCUGCGGUUCAAUGAGUCCUUCAGCUUAUCCCAGGGCUUGCUGCAGCUGGACAUGCUGCACGAAAAGCUCAGGGAGCUGGAAGAAGAGAACAUGGCCCUCAGAUCCAAGGCUUGUCACAUCAAGACAGAAACCUUUACCUAUGAAGAGAAGGAGCAGCAGCUCGUCAGUGACUGCGUCAAAGAACUUCGUGAAACCAAUGCGCAGAUGUCCAGAAUGACUGAAGAACUGUCUGGCAAGAGCGACGAGCUGAUUCGAUACCAGGAAGAGAUCUCUUCCCUGUUGUCUCAGAUUGUAGACCUUCAGCACAAACUGAAAGAGCACGUGAUCGAGAAGGAAGAACUGAGACUUCACCUGCAGGCUUCCAAAGACGCCCAGCGCCAGCUGACCAUGGAGCUUCACGAGUUACAGGACAGAAACAUGGAGUGCCUGGGAAUGCUGCAUGAGUCCCAGGAGGAAAUAAAGGAGCUGCGGAGCAAAGCCAGCCCUGCUGCUCACCUCUGCUUCCCCCAGUCUUACGGAGUCUUCACAGGGGAAUCGCUGGCAGCUGAGAUUGAGGGGACCAUGCGCAAGAAGCUGAGUUUGGAUGAGGAGUCUGUGUUUAAACAAAAGGCCCAGCAGAAGCGGGUGUUUGAUACGGUCAAGGUUGCCAAUGACACUCGGGGACGCUCUGUCACAUUCCCAGCCCUGCUACCCAUCCCAGGCUCCAACCGUUCCAGCGUCAUCAUGACAGCAAAGCCCUUUGAGUCUGGUGUCCAGCAAGCAGAGGACAAAACACUCCUGAACCAAGGGGUCGGCACAGAGGUUCCAGGGAGCUCUCAGCCCAUGAACCACCCGGAACCCCCUGAAGAUAGUGAUUUGGCUAUGGCCUUGCAUCGCCUCAGCCUUCGAAGACAGAACUACUUAAGUGAGAAGCAGUUCUUUGCUGAAGAAUGGGAACGGAAGAUCCAGGUUCUGGCUGAGCAGGAAGAAGGAAUUAGCAGCUGUGACGCCCCUACAGAGAACCUGGCCUCAUCCUGCACUGACCAGUCAGACACCACAGACCUCGGCAGUGCCAGCUGCCUUCGAAGCUUCAUGCCAGAAAAGCUACAGAUUGUAAAGCCCUUGGAAGGGUCACAGACUCUACAUCACUGGCAGCAGCUCGCCCAACCAAACUUGGGGACCAUUCUUGACCCACGGCCAGGCGUCCUCACCAAAGGCUUCACCCAAAUGCCCAAGGACAUCGUCUAUCACAUCUCAGACUUGGAGGAGGAUGAAGAAGAAGGAAUCACUUUUCAGGUUCAGCAGCCUCUUCAGGUGGAGCAGAACCCUGUGCCACCCACGCCCAUCACAGGGAUCUGCCUCCCGCCCAUCACCUCAGCAGGCCGAACAGUUACAGUUGCAACUUCGAACCCAGGAAAGUGUCUGUCCUGCACGAACUCGACCUUCACCUUCACCACCUGUAGGAUCUUACACCCCUCUGACAUCACUCAGGUCACCCCUAGCUCUGGUUUCCCGUCACUGUCCUGUGGAAGUAGUGGGAGCAGCUCCUCCAACACAGCCGGGAACUCUCCUGCCGCGUCCUAUAGACUCAGCAUCGGGGAGUCCAUCACAAACCGGCACAACUCCACCGUAACGUUCAGCAGCACCAGGAGCUUAGCCAAACUCCUGCAGGAGCGGGGCAUCUCUGCUAAAGUGUACCACAGCCCGACUGCGGAAAGCCCCCUCCUACAGCCUCACCCCAAGACCCUGGCUACCCCUUCCACACCCCCAAACUCUCCUUCACAGUCACCGUGCCCCUCUCCCUUGCCCUUUGAGCCCCGAGUCCAUGUCUCUGAGAAUUUUUUGGCAUCCCGACCAGCUGAAACAUUCCUACAAGAAAUGUACGGCUUGAGACCUUCGAGGGCCCCUCCUGAUGUCGGUCAGUUGAAGAUGAGCUUGGUAGACAGGCUGAAGAGGCUGGGGAUAGCCCGCGUGGUCAAGACCUCUGAUCCCCAGGAGAACGGAAAAGGCCAAGAGGCAGAGACGGGUCUGCAAAAGCCAGAGCCUGCUGCUUAUUUGCCUUCAAGUGGCAGUUUAUUGGGUGGACUGAGGAGGAAUCAGAGCCUUCCGGUCAUGAUGGGCAGCUUUGCAACCCCAGUUUGCACAACCUCACCCAAAAUGGGUGUCCUGAAGGAGGACUGA